GCCGGUCUGGCACUUGGUGGAUUCUCUCCGCAGGUUACAAUGUUUGGGACUACCUGUCUACUUACCGUUCUCCUACAGUUAUUUUGUGCAGCAGAGGGAGAGGUAUCUGCAGGUGGGUGCACCUUUGAAGAACAUUACAGCAAUUGUGGAUACAGUGUGGCCCUUGGAACUAAUGGAUUUACUUGGGAACAGGUCAACACAUGGGAGAAGCCCCCACUGGACAGUAGUGUUCCAACAGGGUCGUUCAUGUUAGUUAACAGCACGGGGUUUGCCACCGGACAGAAGGCUCACCUACUCCUACCUGUACUUAAAGAGAAUGAUACUCACUGUAUUGACUUCCAUUACCACAUGUCUGGCCGCACAAGCCCUGGUUCUUUGAACGUCUAUGUAAAAGUGAAUGGUGGACCACAAGGUAACCCAGUAUGGAAUGUAUCCGGGAUGGUGACAGAAGGCUGGGUACGAGCAGAACUGGCAAUUAGUACGUUCUGGCCCAACUCUUACCAGAUUAUAGUUGAAGCUGUCUCUGUUAAGGACCACCCUGGAUACAUUGCUGUUGAUGAAGUCCGCGUUCUGGCGCACCCAUGCCGGAACGCUCCCCAUUUCUUGCGCUUGCAGAACGUGGAGGUGAAUGUUGGACAGAAUGCCAGUUUUCAGUGCAUCGCCGGAGGAAAAUGGUCUCAACAUGACAAGUUGUGGUUGCAGCAGUGGAAUGGACGCGACACAGGUCUCAUGGUAACUCGUGUGGUAAAUCACAGGCGAUUCUCUGCCACAGUCAGCGUCGGGGACACUUCUCAGCGAAGUAUAAGCAAAUAUCGCUGUGUCUUAAGAUCAGCUGGAGGGUCUGGGGUGUCCAACUAUGCAGAGCUCAUUGUUAAGGAACCACCAAAGCCUAUUGCACCCCCAGAACUUUUGUCAGUAGGAGCUACCUAUCUGUGGAUUAAACCAAAUGCUAACUCUAUCAUUGGUGAUGGACCAAUUGUCCUGAAGGAAGUGGAAUAUCGGACUACAUCAGGAAGCUGGGCUGAGACCCAUGUCAUGGAUGGACCUACAUACAAGCUAUGGCACUUGGAUCCAGAUGUGGAGUAUGAAAUACGUGUCUUGUUAACCCGUCCAGGUGAAGGUGGCACAGGACCACCGGGACCUCCUCUCACAACUAGGACGAAAUGUGCAGAGCCUGUGCAUGGACCUCAAAAUGUGGAACUGGUGGAUAUCCGGGCUCGACAGCUGACCCUCCAAUGGGAACCUUUUGGCUAUACUGUAACUCGAUGUCACACCUAUAAUUUAACGCUACACUAUAGCUACCAAUUAGGAGAAGAACGGGUGGAAACUGAAGAGCUGAUUCUGACUUCAAGUCACUACACCUUGCGGGGCCUACGGCCACACACCGCUGUGUACCUGCGACUUGCACUUAGCAACCCUGAAGGGAGAAUGGAGAGUGGGGAGGUUGUAGUGCACACCGAGGAGGAUGUGCCUGGUCCCAUUCCUUUGGAGUCCAUACAGGGGGGUCCUUUUGAGGAGAAGAUUUACCUACAAUGGAAAGCUCCCAAUGAAACAAAUGGUGUCAUCUCCAUGUAUGAGAUCUCCUACAAGGCUGUAGGCUCUCUAGAUCCAAAUGCGGAGCUGGCAAAUCAAAAAGGUCGAAUCUUCAAACUGCGCAAUGAGACUCAUCAUCUGUUUGUUGGGUUAUAUCCUGGUUCGACCUACUCAUUUACCUUAAGAGCCAGCACUAGCAAAGGCUUUGGACCACCUGUCACAACCCGCAUUGCUACAAAAAUUGCAGCUCCCUCUCUUAUGGAUUCAGAAGCUGAAGCCCCUCUGAAUGAAACGGAAACCACAAUUACAGUUUGGUUGAAACCAGCACAAUCUCGGGGGGCUCCUGUAAGUGUAUACCAGCUAGUGGUAAAAGAGGAACGGAUGCAGAGGUCGGGAAGGGCGGCAGAUGGCAAUGGAUGCUUUCCAGUACCAGUCAGUUACCGAAACGCCUCAGUUACGGAGUCCUCCCAUUACUUUGCGGCAGAGCUGAAGCCGACACAGUUGGCAUCUUCACAGCCUUUUACUGUUGGAGACAACAGGACCUACAAUGGGUAUUGGAACCCACCUCUUUCACCAGUGAAGAGUUACAGCAUUUAUUUCCAAGCUUUGAGCACUGCCAAUGGGGAGACUAAAAUCAGCUGCGUUCGUCUGGCCUCAAAAGGCGUUACCUCCAGCCUUCCUCCCAUCACACGCCUCCCCCCAAGCCAGCCAAUUACAGGGGCUUCCACGCAGAAUACGAACACAGUGGAGCCGGAGAAGCCAGCUGACAGUACGGUGCAGACUGCCGGUGUGAUUGCAGGGAUGCUGAUGUUCAUUAUUAUACUCCUUGGGGCCAUGAUGACCAUCAAGAGAAGAAGAAAUGUGUACUCCUAUUCAUACUAUCUGAAAUUGGCCAAGAAACAGAAAGAAACCCAAAGUGGAUCUCAGAGGGAAAUGGGCCUGGUGGCUUCAGAUAAAAGCUCCAGCAAACUGAGCUCCACCCGCAAUGAAGACACGUUCUCCAGCUGUCAGGACGUCAAUGGAUUUAGCACUUCCUCUCCCUGCUCCUUCUCUAUACAAAGCAAAAACCUGCAGGGAAAGUCCUUACUCAAUUCCUGCUACUCAGUUUCCUCAGACACCGUCCCUUCUUCAACACUUCUAGACAGCAGCCAUGUAGAGCUGAACCAACCCACACUGACCAUACAGACCCACCCAUACCGGACAUGUGAGCCAUUGGAGAUGGCAUAUCCCCGUGGACAACUCCAGCCAGCCAUCCGUGUGGCAGAUCUUCUACAACACAUAACCCAGAUGAAGAGAGGACAAGGGUAUGGGUUCAAAGAAGAAUAUGAGGCUCUCCCUGAGGGUCAGACAGCAUCCUGGGAUACAGCAAAAGAGGAUGAAAAUCGCAAUAAGAACAGAUAUGGGAACAUUAUCUCAUAUGACCAUUCCCGGGUGCGGCUCCAGCUGAUAGAUGGAGACCCUCAUUCAGAUUACAUUAACGCCAAUUAUGUUGAUGGCUAUCAUCGACCUCGCCAUUAUAUUGCCACCCAAGGUCCUAUGCAGGAGACGGUGAAGGAUUUUUGGCGGAUGAUCUGGCAGGAAAACUCAGUCAGUGUGGUGAUGGUGACAAAUCUGGUGGAAGUUGGAAGGGUAAAGUGUGUCCGGUAUUGGCCUGAUGAUACUGAAGUCUAUGGUGACAUUAAGGUGUCUCUUAUAGAAACAGAACCAUUGGCAGAGUAUGUCAUCAGAACAUUUACAGUGCAAAAAAAAGGAUCUCAUGACAUCCGGGAGAUUCGUCAAUUCCACUUCACCAGCUGGCCAGAUCAUGGUGUGCCAUGUUAUGCCACCGGUCUUUUGGGCUUUGUCAGACAGGUGAAGUUCCUCAACCCACCAGAUGCGGGACCUAUCACUGUGCAUUGCAGCGCUGGAGCUGGAAGAACUGGCUGUUUCAUAGCCAUUGAUAUUAUGCUGGACAUGGCGGAGAAUGAGGGAGUGGUGGACAUAUUCAACUGCGUACGGGAGCUCAGAGCUCAAAGAGUCAACAUGGUACAGACCGAGGAACAGUAUGUUUUUGUUCACGAUGCCAUCCUUGAAGCUUGUUUGUGUGGCAACACUGCCAUCCCAGUAUGCGAAUUCCGUUCUGUCUACUACAACAUCAGCCGCAUAGAUCCACAGACGAACUGCAGCCAAAUCAAAGACGAGUUUCAGACCUUGAACAUUGUGACUCCUCGAGCGAGGCCAGAAGACUGCAGCAUAGGACUUUUACCCCGGAACCAUGACAAAAACAGGGCUUUGGAUGUCCUUCCCCUGGACCGGUGCCUUCCCUUCCUCAUCUCACUGGAUGGAGAGACUAGCAACUACAUCAACGCCACUCUCAUGGAUAGCCAUAAAAAGCCAGCAGCAUUCUUGGUCACGCAGCACCCAUUACCCAAUACUGUGCCCGAUUUCUGGAGGUUGGUGUUUGACUACAACUGCUCCUCAGUCGUUAUGCUCAAUGAAAUGGAUGCAACCCAGCUGUGUCUCCAGUACUGGCCAGAGAAGACAUCCUGUUGCUAUGGACCGGUGCAGGUGGAGUUUGUAUCAGCAGAUAUUGAUGAAGACACUAUUAGCCGGAUAUUCCGGAUCUGUAAUAUGGCACGGCCUCAAGACGGGUAUCGCAUUGUACAGCACCUUCAGUACAUUGGGUGGCCAGCAUACCGGGAUACUCCUCCUUCAAAGCGCUCUAUACUGAAGGUUGUGCAGAGGUUGGAGAAGUGGCAAGAACAAUAUGAUGGCAGGGAAGGCAGGACAGUUGUACACUGCCUGAAUGGAGGAGGUCGCAGUGGGACAUUCUGUGCUAUCUGUAGUGUGUGUGAGAUGAUCCAGCAGCAAAAUAUCAUUGAUGUGUUUCACACCGUGAAAACCCUAAGGAAUAACAAGGCAAACAUGGUGGAGACACUGGAACAAUAUAAAUAUGUAUAUGAAGUUGCCUUGGAAUACCUGAAUUCCUUCUGAUCCUAUCAGCCUUGGGAGAGGAGAGGAGUGAGAAGAAGGCCUGGUCCUAUGCAGUCCCUGUGUGGCUUGAAAGACUUCUACAUGGGGUGGGAGGAUGGACAGUGGUUGUUGCUGAUCAGGAUCAGACACUUUGCACACUAUGAGAUUCCACACUGGAGAUGUAAAGUGCACCUACGGAUGGAGAGAGAUUGAGCAGCAGCAUCUUUAAGAGCACAUCAAAGAACAAUGCCUUUUUCUGACUAUACUUACCACUAACCUACUCUACUCUUUUUUCUGGGAUCUCUUUUCAUUCCCUCUCUGCUUUCCUGUCCUCUUCUACCACAUAGACACCAUAUGCAUCAAUUUCUGACCUGGCAAAUUCCGACAAAAAAAAAUCAAAGACUGUAGUGUUUUUAAUUCCUCGUACAAAGCUAGAGGAUCUCCAUAUAUGCGGAUGCAGAUCUCCAGCCAUUUUCUAAGGACAUUUGUGUCUUAUCGUGCCAGUAACUCAUAAACCGCCUCUUUGAUGGAUGCACUGGCAGGGAUGAUGAUGAAUCUCUGCAUUCACAUAUUAAUAUGAAAAAAAAAUUGCUGUCUUCUUUAAGCAGUGUUCUGUUGCUCUUGGCAGCAGCCUCCAAGGUACAGGUGAUGUGGUCUUGUCCUCUUUAUAAUGAACCUGUCUUUAUUUAUUGCUGUAAAUGUUCUUGGGGAUGGGCAAAGCAGUUUGUAUUCUGGAGAAAUGUCUUGCAAUGGAGCGUCCAAUAAAAUUGUGAUGUC